AUGUCUCUUGUAUUAACAAAGGCUGCUUUAGCUUUAAAGAAUGCUGAAAGUAAUUUUCAAGUGGUUAAGUUCGAAGCACAUAAACCUAAAAAGAAAACUGACACCGAAAGUGAUAUAAAUCUAAAUAAGAAAGAAACUCAAACACCUCAGUCGAAAAAGGAUGUCGAUUUAAAGAAAAUACGUCAUGAAAUCGUUAGGUUUGGAAUGUCGGGAUUCAGUGGAACUAAAAAAGAAGAGGCAAAAAUAGCUUUAGCAAUCAGUUUAGGUGCCAAACCUCCCAAACGUGAAUAUAUUAAUUACAAAGAACUUAUGGAAAAACGGAAACAAGAAAAACAGAAACUGCAAAAUGAAAAACAAUUGAUGAUGGCCAAAACUGUCCUUCAUACAACAAAGAAAAAGAAGAAAGGAGUUAAUAAUGAUGUUGGACAUUUACUAAGCAGUUACGGCAAGGUGCAGAAGAAGGAUUUAAAACAAAAAUCGGAAAAAGGAAGUGGUAAAAAGAAAAAGAAAUAA